ACGGUUCUGUUCGGUUCUGUUCUUCUCUUCAUUCUGGUCGGUUUGUCUGUUUCUGGAUCUUCAGCUGAAGAAUGGAGGGAACAUCUGUCCAGAUGCUGCUGGCUCUGAGCUCCCUGCUGUGCUGCACAACAAACCAAAUUGGUGUGACUGUGAUUCCCCCGAGAUCUCAGUUCUUUGAAGGAGAUAAAGUGAUGCUGUUCUGUGAGGACGACAGCUCUGCAGGAUGGACUCUGAGGUGGAACAUGACAGAAGAAACCAGGAGUCAGUGUGAGUGGUUUGGAAAACCUUCUGGUCAUUUUUGUAUAAUCUAUUACCUGAUGACAUCAGACAGUGGAGUGUACUGGUGUGAGUCCAGAGGGGGAGGAGCCAGCAGCAUGGUGGUUAACAUCAGUGUCUCUGGUGGAUCAGUGAUCCUGCAGAGUCCUGUCCUCCCUGUGAUGGAGGGUCAUGACCUCACUCUGAGCUGUCAAUCAAAGACCCCUCCCUCCAACCCCUCAGCUGCUUUCUAUAAAGAUGGCUCCCUCAUCAGGACUGAGCCUACAGGUCACAUGACCCUCCAGCAUGUUUCCAGGUCUGAUGAAGGUCUCUACAAGUGUCACAUCAGGGAUCAUGGAGAGUCUCCAUCCAGCUGGAUCUCUGUCUCAGAGAGGCCGAGUACCACAGAAGCCCCGCCCACCACAGAAGCCCCGGCCCCCAAUGAUAACUCACCUCCUGCCUUAUCUUCCAUUGGUCUUGUGUUGAGAGUCUGUCUCCACCUGGUGGUGAUCAGUCCAAACACCAUCUCAACCUUCCUUAUGGUGUCUUUAUACUGACAAAGGAAGUGACCCGUCUGUCUCCAUGGUGAUGACCCAGCACUCACAUGCUGAGCAGGGAUUGGCUGAUGACUAUGAUGACAUCAUCACAUCUGGAACCACAGAGCAUCAAUUCUGAACUAGAAGUUGUUUUUUUUCUAUAGAAACUUUACAUUUAACGAUUUUUCUGUUUUAUAUUCAUUAUUUUAUUUGAUUUACUUUAUAAUUUUCACUCCUUUUGUUUACAAUAAAUGUUUUGUUUACACACAUCAAAUGUAAUGUUCUUUUUUGCACAAAAGCAUCAACAACAGUGUUGAAUGUACUUAUAUAUCUAGAUAAUGUCUUGAAGUUAAAGUCUUCUUUCUUGAACUGUUGAAUUAAUUAUCAAAUCAGCCUAAUUGACUUUUUGAAAAUAUUCACGAGGAUUCCUUUUUUUUCAGCAGUGAGCAGAAAGAAUUAUCAGUUAGUAAACCUUCUUCC